CGCGAGCGGCAAGAUGGCGGCGGUCUCAAUGUCAGAGGCGCUGCGGCGAGCGCUGUGGGCCAGGAGGGCAGCGGCGGGGGCUGCGGUUUCCGUCCUCCGGGGUCCGACCAGGUCCUUGAGCACUUCCACGUGGAGGCUGGCGCAGGACCAAACACAAGACACGCAGCUCAUAACAGUUGAUGAAAAAUUGGACAUCACCACUUUAACUGGCGUUCCGGAAGAGCACAUCAAAACUAGAAAGGUCAGGAUCUUUGUUCCUGCUCGCAACAACAUGCAGUCUGGAGUGAACAACACCAAGAAGUGGAAGAUGGAGUUUGACACCAGGGAGCGCUGGGAAAAUCCUUUGAUGGGCUGGGCGUCAACAGCUGAUCCUUUGUCCAACCUGGUUCUGACCUUUAGCACCAAAGAAGACGCCGCUGCCUUCGCGGAGAAAAAUGGAUGGAGCUAUGACGUUGAAGAGAGGAAGGUUCCGAAACCCAAGUCCAAGUCUUAUGGCGCAAACUUUUCUUGGAACAAAAGAACAAGGGUGUCCACAAAAUAGAUCGGCACUGACUGUGUCUCUGUGCUUGACUGUGAUUAGAGUCAGCUGCACAGUAUUUAUAGUCCAUGUAUAAUACAUCUCUUACUCUCCUAAUAAACUUGACCUUGAAACUACA